AGUGUAGAGAGCAAGGGCUAUGUGUGGACCAGUAAGGACAAAGAAACUCAGGGAGAUCCGACUGUCCACCCCACGGUCUCUUCCUUUCUAUGUGUAGUUCUUCUUGGGACACCAGAACUCCACACCUCAUAUCUUCUCUUCUUUUCUCUCUGUAGACAUCCUGAAUCUGAGUUUCAGUUUUAGACAAAGACCUUUCCUGAGAGGAGAUCCAUCACAGAAGUGUUAUUGCCACCAGAUCAAGGUCACCACUGCUGAGGUACCAUUGACAUUUGCCAGGAAUGGGUCAGACUUCCUCUUCUACAUCCCCUCCAAAGGAGGAUCCUCCUUUGACAUUUCAGGUGAAAACCAAAGUCCUGUCUCAGGAAUUAAUCGCCUCCAUUGAAUCAUCCCUAGAGGAUGGAAACCUUCAGGAAACAGUUUCUGCAAUCAGCAGUGCUCUGGGUGACAUAGAGAAAGUCCCACUGAACAUUGCAGUGAUGGGGGAGACUGGGGCUGGAAAGUCCAGUCUCAUCAAUGCUCUGCAGGGAGUGGGGGAUGAUGAAGAAGGUGCAGCUGCUUCCACAGGGGUGGUACAUACAACCACUGAGAGAACACCAUACACUUACACAAAGUUUCCCAGUGUGACACUGUGGGACCUGCCUAGCAUUGGAUCUACUGCCUUCCAACCACAUGAUUAUCUGAAGAAAAUCGAGUUUGAGGAGUAUGACUUCUUCAUUAUUGUCUCUGCUAUACGUAUUAAACAGAGUGAUAUAGAACUUGCCAAAGCUAUUGUGCAAAUGAAUAGAGGUUUGUACUUUGUUCGAACAAAGACAGAUUCUGAUCUAGAGAAUGAAAAACUGUGUAACCCUAUGAGAUUCAAUAGAGAGAACAUAUUGAAGAGUAUUCGAAUUUGCCUUUCAAGUAAUCUCAAAGAACGUUUCCAGCAGGAGCCUCCAGUCUUCUUAGUCUCUAACUUUGAUGUGUCUGACUUUGACUUCCCAAAGCUGGAAUCCACCCUUCUCAGCCAGCUCCCAGCCUACAAACACCAAAUAUUCAUGAGUACUUUGCAAGUUGUUAUAAAUGCCAUAGUAGACCGGAAGAGGGAUAUGCUGAAACAAAAGAUCUGGAAGGAAUCCAUAAUGCCAAGAGCAUGGGCUACCAUACCAUCCCGGGGACUGACCCAAAAGGACAUGGAGAUGUUGCAACAGACUUUGAAUGACUAUAGAUCUUCCUUUGGCCUGAAUGAGGCAUCACUGGAAAACAUCGCUGAGGAUUUGAACGUGACACUGGAGGAGCUCAAGGCAAACAUUAAGUCUCCACAUUUGUUCUCAGAUGAGCCAGAUACAUCCUUAACAGAGAAACUAUUGAAGUACAUUGGAAAUCCUUACUUUUCAAAGGUUUUCCACUUGCAAAAUUAUUUCAUAGACACGGUUGCGAGUGAUGCUAAAAUUAUCCUCAGUAAAGAAGAGCUUUUCACAGAGCAGCAUCCUCCACUGAACACAGCUACAUGCCAGACUUCCACUGGCAGGACUUCUCAGAUAACGGCUCAACUUUUGGAAUUCAACUUUAAAAAUUUUUUUAAAAAUUUCAAGAAGGAAAGCAAAAUCCUCUCUGAAGAAACCAUCACUUUGAUUGAAUCCCAUCUGGAGAAUAAGAACCUCAAAGAGGCACUGACUGUGAUUAGUCAUGCUCUGCGAAAUAUUGACAAAGCCCCACUGAACAUUGCUGUGACUGGAGAAACAGGAACAGGGAAAUCCAGCUUUAUCAAUGCCUUGAGAGGAAUAAGUAGUGAAGAAAAAGAUGCAGCCCCCACUGGGGUAAUAGAGACAACCAUGAAGAGAACUCCAUACCCACACCCAAAGCUUCCCAAUGUGACAAUAUGGGACCUGCCUGGCAUUGGGUCAACCAACUUCCCACCACAAAACUAUCUGACAGAAAUGAAGUUUGGUGAGUAUGACUUCUUCAUUAUCAUCUCAGCUACACGCUUCAAAGAAAUUGAUGCACAUCUGGCCAAAGCCAUUGCAAAGAUGAACAUAAAGUUCUACUUUGUCCGAACCAAGAUAGAUCAAGAUAUCAGUAAUGAACAGAGGAGUAAACCUAAGUCUUUCAAUAGAGACAGUGUCUUAAAGAAAAUAAAAGAUGAAUGCUUGGGUCUUCUCCAGAAGGUUCUCUCCAGUCAGCCUCCAAUCUUCCUAGUCUCUAACUUUGAUGUGUCUGACUUUGACUUCCCAAAGCUGGAGACCACCCUACUGAAGGAACUCCCAGCCCACAAGCGCCACCUCUUCAUGAUGUCCUUGCACAGUGUUACUGAGACUACCAUUGCCCGGAAGAGGGAUUUCCUCAGACAGAAGAUCUGGCUGGAGGCCCUGAAGGCUGGACUAUGGGCCACCAUUCCACUUGGGGGCUUAGUCAGAGAUAAAAUGCAGAAGUUGGAAGAGACCUUGACUCUCUACAGGUCUUACUUUGGGCUGGAUGAAGCCUCACUAGAAAAUAUUGCCAAGGAUUUCAAUGUGUCUGUGAAUGAAAUUAAGGCACACCUUAGGUCUCUCCAGUUGUUAACAAAGAACAAUGACAUGUCCUUCAAAGAAAAACUGUUGAAAUAUAUUGAAUAUAUUUCCUGUGUUACUGGGGGACCACUUGCCUCAGGCCUUUACUUUAGUAAGACUUACUACUGGCAAAGUCUCUUCAUUGAUACUGUGGCAAGUGAUGCCAAGUCUCUCCUUAAUAAGGAAGAGUUUUUGUCAGAGAAGCCAGGAUCGUGCCUGUCUGACCUCCCUGAAUACUGGGAAACAGGAAUGGAGCUGUGAGGUACUAACCUUUGGACUGGCUUCAGACAUGGACUUAACGCCUACUUUUAGCAUCAGAUAUUUUCUGGGAAAGACCAGAGGAUUAAUUUCUUUCAGAGACAGAAUACCACUCUGGCAAGAAAAAAAGAGUCAUCCCCAGUAUAAGCACAGUCUUCCAUUAAAAUAUCACCAUGAGAAUUUAUGGUUGUAUACAUAUGACUUGCAAUAUUUUGUCUAAUUAAACUGGGUUCUUUUGUCCCAAGGAGAUUCCCCAAGCAGUGCCACACUCUCCUAAGUUAAAGAAGUUAGCAGACCGUAUAACCAUUUGUGUUUUUCUGUAUCUGCAUCAUUUUGAGAAUAAUGACACUAGGUUGUUGUUUCUUGCAUUAAUGCUUAUACCCUAGGUAAGCUUGUUCUCCAACUCGUUUAUACCUAAAAUAACCUGUUUGUCGAUUCUGUCUGAAAUGCGGCUGGUUGCCUCUUCUCACACAACUUCCUCCACAACCUGGUGGUGAAUCUCUUCAGCCUCACUCUUUCCCAGAGUUCCUUUUUCUCAGGCAGUUGUCUCACCCAUUUUUUCCUGACUCUCUACGCGCCAUUCAGCUCUUUGUGGACAGAUGAUGCUUUGACACCAUGCACAAGAGCUGAUUGACACAAUCCUCUCUUGAACUUCGUUGGGGGUUUGGGAAGUACAGGGGUCACGUUCCCAGCACACAUCUCCACAUUAGGUGGUAUGGCCUUAGACAUAGUAGGCACACAGCACAUGGGAUGAUGACCAUUGUCGAUGCUUCCUCCAGGAAGAGCUGAGGAAUGCAUGGAUAAGUAAACACACCUGGAGAUCUGUACAGACACAGACAUUGUAUUCCACAGCCUUCACCAGUCAACGGGAUGAGUUUGGAAUUUGGGCUGUAGGCAACACAGGCUCUAAUUAAGUUGUCAUUUCUUGUGGUAUGAAAAAGGCUCAACAACAUCUUAAAAUCCCACCUCCUCUCGAUAAGAGGUGCUUAACAUAAGAGCCUAUAAUCUCUCCCUCAACUUCCCUCUCAUUUCUCUUUCUCUUUCCUCUCUUCUUCUGCCUCCCACUCUUCCUCUUCGUCCUCUUCAUUCUUCUCCCCUCUUCUAUCCUUACUUCUCCCCCUGCUUCUGUCUUUCAUUUGCCCACUCACUUGUGAGACUUAGCAAACACAGUAUCUACAGAGAAGACUUAUAGCCUGGAAAUCUUUGGAAGAGUUGGUAUUACAGCUCCUGUCCAAACAGCAAGAAUUUUCUCUUCUCUCUUCCCUAAGGAAUGACAAGGGUUUUAUUGUCUUGGGGUUUGUUUGUUUGUUUUCUCUAAGGACUUCAAUUGAUUAUAAAGGGGCAUUUACAGUAGAAGAGGUCAUCUGACAUAUUCAAAGCCUUCUGCUGCAGAGUCUCUUGUGCAAUGCAUGGAAGCAUCACCUGUCAAUAAAAUGCUGUUGGCCAAUGAGCAAAAGGCAGGAAGUAAUAAAUGAGAGUUUCAGUAGGAAAGAAUGGAAUUCUGGGAGACAGAAAGAGUGUGGGAGCUUUUAGCCAGAACACUGAGGAAGACAAAUUCAUGAACCUGGAGAUAGGUAACUAGCCACAUGGCAGGAGUUAGAACAGAUUAAGUGGAAAAGCUAAGUUGUGAACUGGUUGAGGAGCAAUCCAAAACUUUUGGCCUAGGCAUUGAUUUAUAUACAAUAAGUCUCAGUUGUUAUUUCUGAAAAUAAAGAGGCUACAUGGCAAAGCUUACAUUUUCAUUUGGCCCACUGAAUGUCUGGCAAGAACUUUCUUAAAUAGCCACUUCCCACCAAUCCACUGUGGUUCAACAAUUCCAGGCAGGGGCAAGUAACAAAGGAAGAACUUCAGAGAGGUUGUUUGGAAGUAGCUCUUAUAAGAAGCCCUGGCUGUGCAGAAAUAAACAGCUCUUCAACUGUAGCCUCAGUGCAUGAAGCUGGACUCAGUCUCUGAGCCAAGCAAGAGGCUACCUCCCUGAAAGAGAGAGCAAGGGAAGCCUGUGUGCUAACCCAGAUGCUGGACCUGCACUCUCAGGACAAAAGCCUACCUGAGGGGGCUCGUGUUAACCAGACAACUUGUGGCUUGAUACCCAGCUCCUGUGGGUCCAACACCUUCUCUGAGUUGGGGAAUGGUCUAGAUCCAGUGAGGUAGCUCCCAGUUACAUGGAGAAGGCAGAAACCCCUCUUCUGUAAGAGAGAAAGACUCUGAGGCCAGGCUAGUGCAGGAGCAGAAGGUGACUCCAUGAGAUACAACUGUAAGACAUUUUCUCAAUUAGUGAUCAAGGGGGAAGGGCCCCUUGUGGGUGGGACCAUCUCUUGGCUGGUAGUCUUAGUUCUAUAGGAGAGCAGGCUGAGCAAGCCAGGGGAAGCAAGCCAGUAAAGAACAUCCCUCCUUGGCCUCUGAAUCAGCUCCUGCUUCCUGACCUGCUUGAGUUCCAGUCCUGACUUCCUUGGUGAUAAACAGUAGUAUGGAAUUGUAAGCUGAAUAAACCCUUUCCUCCCCAA